AUGGAAAACUCCAAUAUCUCAAAAUAUAGAACAGAGAGCUACAGUGGAAAAAGUGCGUCUUUUUCCAGAAAUGAUAAUUCCGACGACUGUAUGAUCAAUCCUGAUGAGAACUUAAACAAAUCAAAUAAAGCAGAGGGCCUGAUGAACUCUUAGGAUUAGGACUAUAAAUCAUUUCUCAAAGAAAAAUCUAAGUUUAGCGAGUCAAGUAUAAUUUCAUAGAGUUAUUAGCAUACACAAAGCACUUUGAAUAGGAAAAAUAAUCCCACUCCUGUUCUUCAUCAAUAAAUGAGACAGCUUCAAAAUUAGAGUAACUUGACCUCGAAAAAGGACAUAAAGCCUAUCAUAAGUAACAGGUUGUAGGAUCAGCAUCAGAAGAUGCAGAACAUAUAUACACGCAAAAAAGACAAUCCUAAGUUAUCGAAACCUCUUGUACUCUCUGGAUAGGUAUCAAUGGCCUCAGGCUUCACAUAAUCAGCCUCACUCUAGAAUUAUCUCAAUUCAUAGCUACCUCAAGCUACAAAUUCUACUCAUGAUUAGAAAGUAGGAGUUAUACUUCCUUAUCUCACAGAGAGGAAUUAACUGCUUCUUAAAAACCAGAUGAAAAGUAAAAGCCAACUAAGAACUGAAUCAGGUACUUUGGACACAAAGGAAGAAAUCAAGCAAUCUAUUGACAAUAUAAUGAAUAUGAACAGCAAUAAUCAUAUCUUUGAGGACAAACUUUUAGCGUAAAGCACAAAUCAGCUAAAUUAUAACAAAAUCCAAAUUAUUGAAUAAAAGUUAAAAAGUAACUAUCCGAACAACGAUUUUGGCUACAAUGUAUCCCCAAUAAAUUAAAGAAAGCAUAAUUUAUAGCAAGUGCUUAGUACUUAUCAAUAGGCUACUUAGCCAUCUGUUAAGAAGACCAAUUAUUUUCUUAAAAGUUAGACUAAAAAAGUACAGUAACUAAACGAAAAUGAGUAUGAGUAUGACAUCAAGAUGCCAGAUAUUGGAUAAAGCCAAAAGAAACUAACAAUACCAACAUUGGAUACUUACAAGAUUAAGGUUGCAAUGCUAAAAGAACAGAAAAACCAAAUUCUGACUAAAAACUUAAAUAAUCACUUGCCUAAGUAUAAUUAAGAACCUACUAGAAAGGUAAUCAGAAGUCAUCUCUAGCAAAAUCUAAGAUUCUCAAAUAAAUCUAGUAUUGAUGUCAUUGGUAAGAGUAAAAAAGAUACCUCUCAAGACAAAGAUAAAUCAAGGUUAAUUUCAUCUAGAAGAGGAACAGUUGGAGACCACGAGCCAAAAAAUGAAUUCAUCUAUACUGGAUAAGAAAUAAUCAGUCCGGAUAAGGGUCCACUGUCUCAAAGAAGGUCAAGCCAACCUUAGGAAAGUAUACCCAUUCCGAAAUUCAACCUAUAAAGCUCUAGCAAAUAGUAUAGGAAUAAAGAGUAAAGCUAGCUUAGAAUAGUAGUAACAACUGAUAGUUCGGGUACUUUACAGUAAAAAGACAAAAUUAGUACUGAAAAUAAUAUAAAUCAAUUGGUUCUGAAUAGUUCAUCUCCUGAGAAACCAAUAACUAAGCUGAAGUAGAACAAGUAAUUCGGGAUAGAUUCAUUCGAAAUAAUAACUGAUUUAGGAAAAGGUUCAUUUGGAAUUGUUAAACUUGCCAAGUGCACAAAAGAUAAAAAGCUAUAUGCUAUAAAAUGCAUAGAUAAAGAUACUAUCAGAGAUCAGAAGUAAAUACAACAUAUAAAGAACGAAAGGAAUAUUUUGAAGUUGUUCAAGCCUAACCAUUUCUGUGUUAAUUUCUAUGAGUCUCUUUAGGAUGAUUAAAAUCUUUACCUUAUUAUGGAGUAUUUGCCAGGUGGGGAACUUUUUGCAUUAAUUAAACGAGAAAUGACUAUUUCAGAAGAUUCAUCAAAGUUCUACUUAGCUGAAAUCAUUUAUGGAAUUAAAUAAUUGCAUGAUUAAAAGGGGCAUCUCAAACUAAUAGAUUUCGGGUUUUCAAAGAAACUUAAAAAUGUCAAAAAGGACAGGGCUUUUACAAAUUGUGGCACCCCAGGCUAUGUAGCACCCGAGGUAUUGACAGGCUAAGGCUAUACUUAUAAAGCAGAUAUUUGGAGUAUUGGGAUCCUUAUUUGCGAAAUGCUAGGAGGCUUUACUCCCUUUAGAAACAGUGAGGAUUAUGAUCCAACUUCUCCAGUUAUGUGCAAGCUUAGAAACAAUUAACUUAACCUUCCUAAAAACCUCAAUAAUCUGACAAGAGACAUUAUCAAGAAUAUCUUGGUCUAUGAACCUGAUCAAAGAUUUGAACUUGAUGAUAUAAUGAAUCACAAAUUUUUCAAAGGCGUUGACUGGAAUAAAGUCAAAUUAAGAUAGUCUUCUCCUUAGUAUAUUCCAGAUGCAGCAACUUACUAUGAAUUACUUUAAUCUCCAUCCCAGGGCAGUCUAAUCAAUCAGAGGUAAAUGGAAGAUGAGCCUAAGAAGCAGCUUUUAAACAUUCCAGAGAACUUGCCCUAAUCUUAGUCUCUAAACUAUAGUAAAAAGAGCAGAGGCUUCAAUUCGAGUAACGGAAAUAGUCCUAGUAAAAAUAUUGCUCCCAGCAGCAAAGUCUUAGGUGAUUACCACCUGCUAAGAAUAAACAAAAUAUUUGAAGACUUUUGA